GCUUUCUCCAUUGUUCAAGUUCAAGUCUUGACCUUUCUUUACAUAGCCAGCCUCUUGCCUGCUAUUUUUAGAGACCCUUUCUAUUUUCUCCUCCUUUUUUUUUUUUUUUUUUUUCCCAUUUUUCUUCCAUUUUCUCUGUUUGAACUCAAUCUCUGUGCAAUCAAUCCAUUCUAGUAACUGUAAAAAGGGAAUUGAUUGUGUAAAUUAUAAAGAAAGCAUCUUUUUGUAGUUUCUUUUUAAAUCUGUUUCCUGGUUGGAGAAUUAGUGAAGCAUAGACAUUGGAAAAGUGAAUUGAAGUUUAUAGUUGGUGGGUUUGCUCAAUUGCGUUGCCAUUAAUCUAGGAAUUGGUCAAUUUUGGGAAAUUUUUAAGGUGGGAGUUUUUUUGUUGAUUUAGAUAUAUGGUUUUGAGGUCAUGAUGAAUUAUGUGAUGUUGAUUUGAAGUAUCUGUUACAUGAAUGAGAAAGGGUGAAAUGAGAUCUUGUUGACAUGGAGUUAAAAGGGGAUGUUGAUGUGCCCCAAGAACGGCCAUCUUCGCCAUUGUGGGUCUUGCACCAAAUUUCCGAGGAGGCUGUUAGGGUGGCAAAUGAGUACUUGAGUAGUGCCAAUACAUCACCAGUUUGGACCGGACAUAAACGAAGUCAGAGUGAAGUUGUAAAGCAUACACACCGGCGUAGUAGUAGUUUUCAGAAUUUGAAGUCUCAGAUAUCAAAGGCUUGGCGGUGGGGUGGGAACACACAGUACGAGAAUGGACGGUUAAAUUUUAAUCCCGAGGUGCUCGCAAAUCAAAAACGGCAGUGGUAUCAGCUUCAUACCCAAGAUCGAACCAAAUAUCAGGAGCCUACUUCUCUAUUUGAACACUUCAUAGUAACAGGUCUACAUCCAGAUUCCAAUCUUGAAGCUGUCGAGAAUGCCUUUGCUAGAAGGAAAAAGUGGGAAGCAGAAGUGGCUAAAAUAGAUGAAGUGAUUGGACAAUCAUUGUAUGAUAGCGGGCCUGCUCCUCCGGCGCUAGAUCCUCAGAUAAUUUUCAAAUACCCACCUGGAAAGAAACUCCCUAUGCGCCUUAAGGAUUUAUGUGCAUUUACUUUCCCUGGAGGGGUCAAGGCUCGGCUAAUGGAGAGAACGCCAUCCCUGAGUGAUUUGAAUUCACUUGUUUAUGGGCAGGAGCAUAUGGGUAGGGAUGAUCUGGCAUUUGUUUUCUCACUAAAGGCUGCAGAUAAUGGAACACUAUAUGGUGUUUGCCUUCAUGUACCAGAGAUUGUUCAGAGGCCACCGGCUAUCUUGGGUUCUUCGUCGCCUCUUUGUAAUCCAUCUUUAGGAGGCAGCCGAUUUUUGGUCUCUGCACCUCGCUGCUAUUGUUUGCUAACAAGAGUUCCUUUCUUUGAGCUACACUUUGAGAUGCUCAACAGUAUUAUUUCACAGGAGCGUUUGAAUCGGAUAACGCAGUUUGUUAGUGAAAUGAGUCUUUGUCAAUAUUCCCCCUCUCCUUCAAGGAUAGAAUAUGGACAUUUUGACUCGCCUAGUACUGACAUUGAGUGGAUGUCAUCAGCGAUUCCCGUUGAUUGUGCUAUUGCUCUCACGGCCGCUGCUGCCGGUAUCAUAACCGAUGACGAGGUCCCAUCUGUUUCUUCCAAGCUCGCGGAAACUCAAUCUCCAUCAAAUGAUAGUGAGGCCUCAGAUUUCGGUCCUUCCAAAGAAGUCAAUCAAGAUGGAAAAAGGAAUCUACAAGAAUGUGAUGAUCUUGCUUCCGAUGCUUCUGAAAGCUGUGCCAAUGGUUUUGGUAGACCGUAUGAGAAUUAUGAAAAUGGAAAUUUCUCCCCUGAGCCUACCUCAUCAUCCCAUUCUGACCACCCCAAACUGGAGAGAAGCAACAGCUCUUUGUCCUUAUACAGUUCUGUGAGAAGCAUGGAUGAAGACGAUUGUUUUUCAAAUCAGGAUAGUGAUUAUUCUGGCGAUUUCAUGACUAUGGGAUGGGCUAAGGAGAAUAAGAAUGAUUUGUUGCAAAUAGUUUGUGCUUAUGAUGCUCUCCAAAUUCCUUCACGAGGAGGUGAAUUAGUCUUUCAGCCACUUGAGCACCUGCAGGCUAUUCUAUACAAACGGUUUUCCAUAUCUGAUCUUUGCAUCGAUGAAUGUUUAUUAGACCGAGAAUUGCACGAUCCAAUUAAAUCUGCAGAAGUCAAUGCACGGUUAGCUGCUACCGAGGAAGCUGUUGCAUUAUCUGUUUGGACCACAGCAACGAUUUGUCGAAUGCUUUCUCUAGAUAGUAUUUUGUCCUUACUUACUGGAGUGCUCUUGGAGAAACAAGUAGUGGUUGUUGGAUCUAAUCUGGGUGUUCUGUCAGCUGUAGUGCUGUCUAUCAUUCCUAUGAUUCGUCCGUUUGAAUGGCAAAGUCUAUUUCUAUCAAUUCUCCCGGGAAAGAUGCUUGAUUUUCUUGAUGCUCCUGUUCCUUAUAUUGUUGGGAUAAAGAGUAAACCCGCAGACUUGAAGAUUAAGACUUCUAAUCUUAUCCUUGUGAAUGUGGCCAAGGAUCAGGUAAAAACAUGUUCCUUACCCUUACUUCCUCGUCGGAAGGAGCUCUAUUCUGAACUUCGUCCAAUCCAUACUGCACUGGUUAGUCAGUGUAGGACAGCUGAGAAACAUCCUGUAUAUAAGUGUAAUGAGGAGCAGGCUGAAGCUGCUGCGCGUUUUUCAGAUGUCAUGAAAAGAUACAUGGAGUCCCUAUGUGCAGACUUGAGGUCUUAUACCAUCACCAGUGUACAAUCAAAUAACGAUCGAGUCUCUUUACUUCUGAAGGAUAGUUUUAUUGAUUCCUUUUCUAGUAGAGAUCGGCCGUUCAUUAAGCUGUUUGUAGACACACAAUUGUUUUCAGUUUUAUCAGACUCUCGUUUGGCUACCUUUGAGCACGAGAAGUCGUAAUUCAAACUGCAAACAAGCAGGCAACGCAGAGAAACAUAUUAUUUGUUCGAUAUCAUGCAGUUAUUAGCAGCCCGAUAGGUCUUUCGCUGUUUGUAGUUAAUACAUGAUUAGGUUUUCUCGGGUUUUUUUUUUUCUCGUUGGGUGGGUGCGGCCGAUGCUUCAAAGCUUGAUCUGCGUAAAUCGCUGGCUGAUGUGGUUUGUUUUUUUGUUUUUAAAGAAAAAAAUGUGUAACAUAUAGUCUCAUAUAGCCUGAGUAUACAAAUGUGUUUAGUGGGGAAAAGUAUUUCAUGGGCUGCAUAAAAGUGAAGCACCUAUGGUUAAUGAUGUUGUAAAUUCUCUUUAUUUAUCCAAUAAAAUUUAUUUAAUUUUUCUUUUGCAA